GGUUGCAUAAAAGGAUUUAAAAUCUUGUCUGUCUCACUUUCAAACGAAUGGUACAAGACAACACGACAGUUUCUCUCCCUUUCCCAGAUCUACUUACGAUGUUCUUCUGUUCUGUCACUCACCAUUUGAUGGUUUCACUCCACUCACCCCUCACCGCAACAUAACUUAUUAUGCACCUUCCUCCUCUUUCUUCGUUUUCUUCUUCUCUGUGCCAACUUGAAACUUGAACCAAAAUCAACGCCUCAUUUCCCAUUUGGUGAUAAUCGAUCCAUGGAGUUCACUGAAUCUUACAAGCAAACGGGUCCCUGUUGUUUCUCUCCCAAUGCUCGCUUUAUUGCCGUCGCCGUUGAUUAUCGCCUCGUCAUUCGGGAGACCAUUUCCUUCAAGGUUGUACAGUUGUUUUCAUGCUUGGACAAGAUCAGCUAUAUUGAAUGGGCCCUUGAUUCAGAAUAUAUUCUUUGUGGUCUAUACAAAAAGCCAAUGAUACAGGCUUGGUCACUAACCCAACCAGAAUGGACAUGCAAGAUAGAUGAAGGACCUGCUGGUAUUGCAUAUGCGAGGUGGAGUCCAGAUAGCCGCCACAUACUAACCACUUCAGAUUUCCAGUUGCGUUUGACUGUUUGGUCAUUGUUAAAUACAGCUUGUGUGCAUUUACAGUGGCCAAAGCAUGCUUCCAAAGGAGUUUCUUUCACACGAGAUGGAAAAUUUGCAGCAAUAUGUACAAGGCGUGAUUGCAAGGACUAUAUAAAUCUGUUAUCUUGUCACACAUGGGAAAUAAUGGGCAAUUUUGCUGUUGACACUCUAGACUUGGCUGAUAUUGAAUGGUCUCCUGAUGACAGUGCUAUAGUGAUAUGGGAUUCGUCACUUGAGUACAAGGUUCUAAUAUAUUCUCCAGACGGAAGGUGCCUAUUCAAGUAUCAGGCAUAUGAAAGUGGAUUGGGAGUUAAAAGUGUGUCCUGGUCUCCUUGUGGUCAGUUUCUGGCAGUAGGCAGUUAUGAUCAAAUGUUGCGGGUUCUGAAUCACCUAACAUGGAAGACAUUUGCAGAGCUAAUGCACCCGUAUACAGUUCGUGGCCCUUGUUAUGCUGCUGUUUUCAAAGAAGUAGAUGAGCCCCUGCAACUUGACAUGUCUGAACUUUGUUUGAGUGAUGAUUUUUCCCAAGGAAAUGAUGCAGAUUCUCCUGAAGAACCCUUUAGAGUUAGGUAUGAGGUCAUGGAAGUUCCUAUCAAUCUACCAUUCCAAAAGCCUCCUGCUGAGAAACCUAACCCUAAACAAGGAAUUGGCAUUUUGUCAUGGAGCAAUGAUAGCCAAUACAUAUGCACUCGCAAUGAUAGUAUGCCUACAAUACUUUGGAUAUGGGAUAUUCGACACCUGGAGCUUGCUGCAAUCUUAGUCCAGAAAGACCCUAUUAGGGCGGCAGCUUGGGACCCGACAUGCACACGCCUCGUUCUUUGCACUGGAAGUACUCACUUAUACAUGUGGACUCCAUCUGGUGCAUAUUGUGUUCAUGUUCCUCUAGCACAAUUUACCAUAACUGACCUGAAAUGGAAUUCGGAUGGUAGUUGUCUAUUUCUUAAGGACAAGGAGUCAUUCUGCUGUGCUGCUGUUCCCUUAUUACCUGAAUCUAGUGAAUACAGUUCAGAUGAUUAAUGAUAAGGAAGUGAAGCAAUAGUGAAAAAAGUGAAUGACCAUUAUCUCUUUGCAUCUGGUAGAUAAGAGUCCAAGGUUUAUGAUCAUACAAGAAUUCAUGCAGCUGAAAGAGAUGAAGGCUUGGUUUGAGGAAGGAGUGUAAGCCGAAGAAGCAUGUUUGAGGAGAGGAGGCAAUGGAGCAAAUCUAUGUAGGUGCAUUUGAGAAAAAUCAAUGGCCAUCUCGGCCCUUGUUUUAGGAGCUUAGAUAAAUUCAAUAUUAAAUAGCAUUCUGCUUUCUGUUUGAUUUUUAGAGUGUAAUGCUGUUGUGUUGAUUGAAAUGCCAUCUAAUUUAUCUAUCUAUGAUUUUGAGCUGAAAA